UUUGGAUCGGAUCCAUUGCGUGGGUUAAUUCGAUUUGGUUCCCUGAAAAAAGAGAACCGACGCUCGUCUGCAAGUCAGUUCGCCGAUUACUCGUCCAAGGUUUCCUGGGCAUUCAGGUUGGUUACUCUUCUCUGAUUAUUCGCCUUCCGUUAUAUUCUGGCCAGUUCUUGACUGUGUUGUUCACUGAGCUGAAACAACAAUGACAAGCCUUAUACUAGUCGAAACAUGCCUCAUUAUAUACUUGGCUUUUUAGAAGCGGGAGUGAAGGGUUGAAUUCUGAGGCUUAUAUUACUAUAUUCUUGGUUGUGUGAAGGAAGUGCUGAUAUUUUCUGAAAAAGGCUUGUCUUCUUUAAGCUUUUGAGCAACAGAGUUGUGAUGGAUUUUGAUGAAUAUGAGUACUUAGAGAAGACUGUUGAAAAUCCUGAACUUCAGAGGAAGGAGAAAACCAAUGGCAGUGAUGGAACUGUAAAAGCUGAUGAGAAGAGAGAUCAUAGUCGGAGUUCAAAGCAUAAAGCUAGUGAGAAGCAUGAUGAUGUUGAUCGUCAUUCCAAGAAAUUAAAAUCUGGGGAUGAUUCUCAUGGUUAUGACAAUCACAAAGAAAGAGGGUCAUCUCAGCGUCGUUCACCAUCCAGAGAUGGAGACAAAGAGAAAGAUCGGCACAGAAGCAUCCAUGACAAUAGGGAUAGGAUGAGAGAUCAAGAUAGAGACAAGGAAGAGAAGUAUAGUAGAGUGAGAGACAAACACCGGGAACGUGAACAUGACCGAGAAAGAAACCAAAGAGACAGGGGGAGUGAGAGCGAAAGAGAAAGGGAGAGGGAUAACUCGCGGCGAAGCAGAAGUAUGUCUGAAAGGCUUUGGAGUGAUUUGGAUGAAAGAGAUAGAGACAGGAGUCGUGACAGAGACUAUAGAGACAGAGAAAGAACCAGGGACAAUGAUUAUAGAGAAAGAGAGAGGGGGAGAGAAUCAAGGGAGCGGGAUAAAGAUAGCAGACGACAUAAAGAGAAAAAGGAAGAAGCAGCAGAACCUGAGGCUGAUCCUGAACGGGAUCAGAGGACUGUGUUUGCUUAUCAGAUUUCUCUGAAGGCAGAUGAAAGAGAUGUAUAUGAAUUCUUCUCAAGGGCUGGCAAGGUGCGAGAUGUUCGCCUGAUAAUGGACCGCAAUUCCCGUCGAUCUAAGGGUGUUGGGUAUAUAGAGUUCUAUGAUGUCAUGUCUGUCCCCAUGGCAAUAGCACUUUCUGGACAACCACUUCUUGGCCAACCAGUGAUGGUGAAGCCAUCAGAAGCGGAAAAGAAUUUGGUUCAGUCUACUGCAUCUGUAUCCAGUGGAUCCACAGGACUUAUGGGCCCUUACACUGGGGGAGCCAGAAGGCUCUAUGUUGGCAAUUUGUAUUUCAGCAUUACUGAACCUGAUCUUCGUAGGGUUUUUGAAGCAUUCGGUCAGGUUGAGGCAGUCCAGCUGCCUCUUGAUGAAAGUGGGCACUGCAAAGGUUUUGGCUUUGUGCAGUUUGCACGCCUUGAAGAUGCAAGAAAUGCUCAGAGCUUAAAUGGACAACUUGAAAUCGGUGGCAGGACAAUAAAGGUAUCUACAGUUAUUGAUCAAACCGGAAUGGAAGAAGUUGGAGGAAACACUGCUGAUUUUGAUGAUGACGCUGGCGGCGGCUUGUCCCUAAAUGCUUGUUCUCGGGCAUUACUCAUGCAGAAGUUGGAUCGUAGUGGCACUGGACCAGGCAUUACCGGUUCCCUAGGUAACUCUGUUGCCAACAACUCAGGCCUGAACCUACCAGCUACAGCACAUAUGGGAGAUACGUCAGCGGGUUCUCUACUGGUUUCUCCAAUUGCUUCAGUUCCUUCAGCAGCUGCGUUGCCUGGAGGAAGUCUACAAAUCCCCACUGCUACUGCUCCAAUGCCUACUAUUGAUACAAUUGGCGCUCCAAGUGAAUGCUUAUUGUUAAAGAAUAUGUUUGAUCCCAACGAUGAGAAGGAACCAGAUUUUGAUUUGGAUAUUAAAGAAGAUGUUGAAGCAGAAUGCUCUAAGUUUGGAAAGUUGAGACAUGUAUAUGUCGACAAGAACACUGCUGGCUUUGUGUACUUACGAUUUGAAAAUACUCAAGCUGCUACAAAUGCACAGCGAUCUCUGCAUGGGAGGUGGUUUGCUGGGAAGAUGAUCACUGCUAGCUUCAUGGUGCCUCAGGUAUAUGAGGAUAAAUUCCAAGACAGCAGAUAGGAUAAUUAAAAAUGGAGAAGGAAGUCUAGAUGCUUGGUGGAUUCUGUCUAAGAUUCGGUUUAUGUUUCCUUCUAUUAAAACAACAGGCCUAGUUUUUUAAACUACCCCGUGGUUACGUGUGGGGAAUCUUUCGUGGCAGCAUUCUCAUGAUUAUACCAUCGAUGGGUUACUUUGAGCCAAGACUUACCCAGGUCAUGUCCAAACCCACAUGGAACUUUUAUUAGCCGACUGAUGGGGAAAAAGGUGCUGUUUCUAAGAUCUGCAGUUAUUAUGAUAAACUAUUUUUGAAAUGCAGUUUGAGUAUAACAUCCUAUUCCUAUGAUGGUUCUUGGUCGGUCUUGUUUGUUUGGAGUAUACUUGUGAUGCAUAGCAACUAUGGAGACCCGAUACUUUAAAAUAAGUAAACAUGCCUGUCUAGGAUACGGUAUGAUAUGAAUCAUAUAUUCAACCAUUUGUAUUAUUAUAUUUUUGUUAAAAUAUUUCUAUGACUUAAAAGCUUAAAAGGUAUUACAUUUUGAUGGACUA